CACAACUUUCCCUUAUAUUCUUAAAUAAUAACCUCACUAGCCACUUUAUCAAUUUCCCCCUUCUCUUGUCCUCUAUUGUUAAACCCAAUGGUUUCCCCUUCUGCUUCAUUGCUCUCCAGUUUGAGAUGGCUCUUUGGAUUCCUCUUCUUUUCUUCUUCGAUGGUGGAGAUUCCUCCUGCUGAGAAUUUCUCCAAUCCUUUAGCCAGUACUCAGUUCAGAACUGCUUAUCAUUUUCAACCAACUCACUAUUGGAUGAAUGACCCGAACGCACCGAUGUACUAUGACGGCGUCUACCACCUCUUCUACCAAUACAAUCCAAACGGCGCCACAUGGACCGCCUACAUGUCAUGGGGCCACUCCGUCUCAACGGACCUCGUCCACUGGACUGGGCUUGAGCUCGCUCUGACCCCAUCCGACCCCUUCGAUAUUAGUGGGUGCUGGAGCGGGUCCGCCACAAUCCUACCCGGUAACAAACCCGUUGUCCUCUACACGGGCCUUGACACCGUCGGCAGGCAGGUCCAGAACAUCGCGUACCCGAAAAACUUGUCCGACCCGUUUCUUCGCGAAUGGAUCAAACCCAAUUACAACCCGGUUAUCGAACCACACCAAAAGAUUAACGCGGCUCUAUUUCGUGACCCGAGCACGGCUUGGCUUGGCAAAGAUGGUUCUUGGAGGCUAACUGUGGGCACUCUGAUUGAUGAAGGGGGACUGGCUAUAGUAUACAAGAGCAAAGAUUUCAUGAAAUGGGUUCCGGCUGAGAACCCGCUAUAUUACACUAACGGGUCGGGUAUGUGGGAGUGCGUAGAUUUUUUCCCGCUCAAGGAAAUUCAAGGUGCGACAAAAUAUUUGUUGAAGGUUAGCAUGUACGAUACAUUGCAUGACUAUUACGUAAUGGGGACGUAUGACGAAGAGAGGGAUAUUUUCAUCAAAGACGAUGCGUCGUCUGAUGAUUGUAGGAUGUGGCCGAUGAUUGAUUAUGGGAGGUUGUAUGCGUCGAAGACGUUCGUAGACGAGGCUAAGCAGCGCAGAAUCUUGUGGGCUUGGUCGAAUGAAACAAGUAGUGUAGCUGACAAUGUGGCCAAAGGCUGGGCAGGCAUCCAGACUGUUCCAAGGGUUCUCAGUGUAGACACAGAUGGAAAAAGACUGAUUCAAUGGCCAAUUGAAGAGAUCGAAUCACUUAGAAGGGAGCAAAUCCACUUACAAGACAUUGAGCUCAAAACAGGAAGCCAAGUUGAAGUCAGAGGAUUGAAAGUUUCACAGGCAGAUGUGGAGGUAGAAUUUGAGUUCCAGAAUUUAACUGGGGCUGAGCCCUUUGAUGCUAAUUGGGUUGUAGACCCUCCAAAGCUUUGCAGAGAAAAGGAUGCUUAUGCUAACCAUGGUGGAAUUGGUCCCUUUGGUUUGUUAGUUUUGGCUGCUGAUAAUUUGGAGGAAAAUACUGCUGUCUACUUCAGAGUUUUCAGAGCAGAGGGAAGCUAUAAGGUUCUCAUGUGUGCUGAUCAACGAAGGUCCUCCAAGAAAUCUGAAUUAUACAAGCCAGCAUCCGGAGGCUUUGUAGACAUAGACGUAAAGAAAGACGGGAAGAUAUCUUUGAGGACCCUGAUUGAUCACUCUGUGGUAGAGAGCUUUGGAGGUGGUGGAAGAGCUUGCAUCACUUCUAGAGUUUAUCCUACAAUCCUCUUAAAUGACAACACUCAUCUUUAUGCUUUCAAUUAUGGGACUGAAACUGUAAAGAUUUCUGAGCUUAAGGCAUGGAAUAUGGCUCCAGCUCAAAUAAGUUAAAAGAGGAGGUAAAUAAAGCAAAAUAAAUGUGGUUGUCACAUUGAGUGCUACGCUUGAUGCCCGCUGUUUAUCAACUGGGAUCAGCUAGAGAGCAGAAUUUUGAUAAUCACAUGUUUGGUAGAAGUUGCAAAUUCAAGAAUUUUAUUGUUGCAUAUAGUUGUAAUUUAGCAUAGGCAGACUAGAGGAUGUUAUUUGGAGAAUUUUCAAUUAUGUGUAUUUUUUUGUUUUAAUUUC